CUAAUCUUGUCUACUGUAAUGUGAUCAGCUGACAAUGACCUUAUACUUUGAUAUACGAGUGCAAAAUCCAGAGACUGCUUCUAUAAGCACCUUUGCAACGUGGCACAAUAAUUAUCCGUUGCUAGCUGUCGCUGCGUAUUCUCAAGACAAGGGUGGCUUCGUAAUCAUCUACGAUGAUCAAGGUGAACCUGUGCAGGACGUCGAGUCGCCGGGACAUGCUGUAGCACAAGUUACCACGCUCGCAUGGCAUCCGGAGAGGACAUGGUUGGCAGCAGGAUGGGAAAGCGGAGAGUUACGCGUAUGGCCUGGCGACACUGGAUCCCAAGAGUUCAAUGUAAUAGUGACUCCUCAUCGGGAUCCUAUCACAAUUUUACAAUGGAGCCAGCAUGGUGGCCGCUUAGUCUCCGCGGAUGCUGGUGGAUCCAUAGUUGGCUGGAAAAUCGACUCUAGAGGACAACUUCUCAUGACGUUCCAUCAUGAGCUGAAAGAAUCCUUUACACAAAUUGCAUUUAAAACAGCUCCUCCGAAACCAGUUGUUGACAUUAGUGGUCUAGCAAAGGCAGCAGUGGCUGGCGAUGAAAGAGCUCUGGACUUGUUCAGUUCUUGGCGUCCGAGAACAGCCGCACCAACGACAGUCCCAACUCAACGAGACAACCAUGCAUUUUACAUCGGUACCACAAGUGGCACCAUAUAUUUUGUCGACGCCCAGGGACAGUGCAAAGAGGUACUCAAUACUGACGGUAUGGCGCUGAGCUUUCUUCUGCAUCAUCAGACUAGGGAUUCCAUCGUCAUUAUGACAGAAGGAUUAAACAUCGGGCACUUCCAAGCGGAUCCAAUUAAUGGAGAGCUCACAGAAUUGACGAAGGUGAAAUUAAGUGGUAGAAGCGACACGUCGCGUCUCACCAAUCUCGCCCUGUGUUGGGUCAGCGGAAAUACUUUAGCGAUACUUACGGGAGAACUCACUGUACGAUGUUGGGAUCUUCACACGGGUGACUCAUACGUUCUCUCACCUCCAGAUUCGUCGAACGGGAACAUCGCCACUCCUCAAGAAAUGUGCACCAGCUUGGCGUUCUGCAAGAGUAAUGAUACUUUGGCAGCCGGUACCAAUCUGGGAACGAUUUAUCUGUGGAAGCGAAAAUCGGUGUCCGAGUGCGACGAGAAUGCCUGGCCGAGCGUUCCCGAGUCCUGCACGAUUCACGGCACGGUGAAGCAGUUGACGUGGGGUAGCAGUUUAUCGCGGAACUCCCUUCUGGCAGUCAAUUGCAUCACCAACGUGUUCAUCUUGCAUCAGCAGCCGAUGUGCGCUGUAUACAACGACGGUGUUUGCGCGAGUCAGCUCACUCCGACGCAGAUUCUGCUCGAAGCGGACGGGCAGACGUACACGUUGAAGACGGAGAUCCAGGUACAGGUGAUUGCCGUCAGUAAAGAGUAUGUCGCCGUUUCUUCGGGCAGACAGAUUGUCGUUCACCGUAUCAACCGAAGCGCCAAUCUCAAUGCGACUAUAUCGGCAACCUUUAGCUGUGAUACGGAAAAGAUGCUCAUCUAUGAACACACCUUGAUCGUGUUGACUCCAAUGAACAUACAGUUGCGUUCCAUAGAAGGCUCCGUUAUUCAGGCGCUUCCCAGCCUGCCGGAAGAGGGUGAACCCAUCACUAUGGAGCUAACAGGACAAUAUCUGACUGUAGCGUCGUUGAAUGGCAUUCUGAAGAUCUGGGACCUGGGUAAGCGCGAGGCUAAGCUGCAUACUCGAGCGAUGGCGGCAUACGAAGCGAUCAGUGACUUUGCCGAGAUCAUCGAAGCCAGAUGCAAUUCGGAUUGCCGUUGCGUCUCGAUCACGGUCGCCAUGGCGAACCUGAUGCCCAGUUCGGUUCUGUACGUCUGGGACAUCGAGAGCGAUCAGAUUUACGAAUUUGAUUUCGGCGAGUCGGACGAUGUUAUUGAUGACGACUCCGUUUUAGCUGCGCAAUGCAGGGGUAGAUUGGUCACGGCACAUUGCUGGGAUCUGGAGGACCCUAGGUUGCUAGUAUGCCGAGCUCAACGACUGGAAAACCGUGAUUCUAAGAGCUUUAAUAACAAUCAGGCAGUACAAGCUUCUGUGGUGCUGGCAUCGCUAUUUGCGACGACGGAUCAUGGUAUCGUCGUGCAGGACGUGAAGCCGAUCGCCGAUGAGAAUUGUCGAUUGCUAGGUGUGCAGUCGCCGCACAUCGUUAUUCUGAAUUCCGAGAAGAGUUUGGACAAAACCAGCAAGAUCACGUGGUUGUUAAUGAGAGACUUUGAGGAACUGGGAGAUUGCGAUUCCAUCACGAAGAAGGCAGUGAUGGACUUUAGUUACUACAUCAGCGUGGCGAAUAUGGACGAGGCAUUUAAAGCUAUCAAAUCUAUAAAGAACGAGGCUGUUUGGAAGAGCUUGGCGAAAAUGUGCGUGAAGACGAAGCAAUUAAACAUGGCCCUUCUUUGUUUGGGUCACAUGAAACAAGCUAGUGCUGCACGAGCUCUACGCGAAGCGAUGCAAGACGAUAGUUUGAGUCUGGAGGCACAAGUGGGAAUUCUGGCGGUUGAGCUUAAUCUUCAUGCCGACGCAGAACGUCUGUUUCGAGAAGCGAAGCGUCUAGAUCUGCUAGGCCGGCUAUUUGAGGCGCGAAAUAAAUUCAAAGAGGCAAUCGAAUUAGCGAGCAACGAGAACAAGAUUCGCGAAAAGACGAGUCACUACAAUUACGCUCGCGCACUAGAGCAACAAGAUAAAGUGGCGGAGGCUAUCGAUAUGUACACCAAAGCCGACUGUCAUCGGUUUGAGGUACCCAGAAUGCUACUGACGAGGCCCCGGGAACUUCUCGCGUACCUCAACAACACCGAAGACCUGGAAAUUAAAAAUUGGCACGCCCAGUACACCGAAUCAACUGGCGAUAUGGAGACUGCUUUGCAUCUGUACGAGCAGGCGAAGGACGCCCUAUCAAUGACGAGAUUGCUUUGUUACUUCGGUAGGGAGGACGAAGUGUGCGAAUUGGUAACUAGAACGAGUCACGCUGCGUCUGCAUAUCACCUUGCUGCGCAUUACGAGUCAAAGAACAAUGUUCCGCAGGCGAUCCACUUCUACACAGUGGCUAAAGCUUACACCAACGCGAUUCGGCUGUGCAAGGAGCAUGAUAUGUUGGAAGAGCUCUGGCCACUGGCCAUAUUAGCGCCACGGCACUCUCAAAUAGAGGUCGCGAAAUUCUAUGAAGAUAACGAUCAGCCGGAUCGUGCGGUGCUGCUCUAUCAUAAGGCUGGUCUUUUGCACAAGGCUUUAGAUGUUGCGUUCAAGACGCGACAGUACAGCGCGUUACAAUUGAUUAUCAUGGAUGUAAACGCGGAUUCUGAUCCAGCGUUGAUACGCAAAUGCGCCGACUAUUUUAUGCAGAACGAUCAGAUCGACAAAGCAGUGGAUUUGCUCGCGACCGGCAGAAACUACACGGCGACUUUAGAGCUGAUUCAGCAGCACAACGUCGCGUUGACAGAGGAACUUGCAGAGAAGCUGACGAUCGAGAAAGGUAGCAAUGACGACGCGGAACAGGAGCACUUGAGGAUCUCCACACUGGAGAGGAUCGCGGAGAUUGCCUUCGAUCAGGGCAACUACCAUCUCGCGACCAAGAAGUUCACGCAAGCCGGUAACAAGCUGCGCGCCAUGAAGGCAUUACUCAAGUCUGGAGACACCGAGAAGAUCUGCUUCUUCGCGCAAGUCUCGAGGAACCGCGAGAUCUACAUCAUGGCGGGCAAUUAUCUGCAAUCUCUAGACUGGCAGAAUCAGCCGGAAGUGUUGAAAAACAUCAUUAGCUUCUACUCGAAGGGCAAGGCGAUGGAUUUGCUGGCGAACUUUUACGUGGCGUGCGCGCAAGUGGAGAUCGACGAGUUUCAAAAUUACGAUAAGGCACUAGACGCGCUGAAUCAAGCGAGCAGGUGUCUGACCAAGGUGGUGACACCGCGGGAUCCGGAUGUUCACAAACGAGCAGUGGACCUCGUGAACAACAGGAUAUCGGUGAUUAAACGUUACCUGGAUAUUAAAAGAUUGUUCGACAGAGGCGAAACGGAGACGGCAAUGCAGCAGGUUCGUCACUUGCUGGACUCCCAGGGGCCUAACCUGGAGCAAUCGGUGCGUCGCGGCGACCUGUUCGCAACGAUCGCGCAACAUUACGCUAAUAUAGGAGACACCGAGAAAGCCUGGGCUACCGUUGAAGAAUUGAAACGCCUAGUACCAGGAAUUAAUUUAAGUUACUACUUUAAUGUAACUCUGCUCGAGGCAUUAGGAUAUAAAAUGAAAGUGCAACGGCAGGACAGCUCCGAUAAGGACGAUGGAAUUGAAGAGCUUUUAGGAGAGUAAACUCGACUCGAAAUCGAUUAGAGAAUUCAAUUGGACAAAAUGCAUGUCCGUCUAUUGUUGCAUUGUUUGUAAAAAGUAUUACAUUGAUAUUACAAUAUUUUCUCUUUGUUACGCUACGCCUUACGCUAUGUCUUUAUACAUCUUCCUUUUACAUAUACAUACAUGUAUAUAUAUAUAAAUUUUUGUCAUUAAAAAAUAUAAUAACCAGUCACUUACGCAAGUCUGCGUUACAACUAAUAUUACAAUGUGUGCAAAAA